UUGCUUAACAUCCUACAAAAUGAUUUUAAAUUAUUGUCAUAUGCAUUUAUCUUCACUCUGAUGAGAGCUCAGACGUGAUAAGGCCGUGGUUCCCCAUCCCGGUAGGAGCUGGUGUGAUAGCCUCCUGCCUUCUUCUCCAUCGUCAGAGCCAUAGAACUUUCCACCCCGAAUCUUUAGGUAAAUGAGAUCAUGAUUCUGGAAGGAAGUGGUGUAAUGAAUCUCAACCCGGCCAACAACCUCCUUCACCAGCCGCCAGCCUGGACGGACAGCUACUCCGCAUGCAACGUUUCCAGUGGUUUUUUUGGAGGCCAGUGGCAUGAAAUCCACCCUCAGUACUGGACCAAAUACCAGGUGUGGGAAUGGCUGCAGCACCUCCUGGAUACCAACCAGCUGGAUGCCAGCUGCAUCCCUUUUCAGGAGUUCGACAUCAGCGGAGAACACCUGUGUAGCAUGAGUCUGCAGGAGUUCACGAGGGCAGCAGGCUCAGCUGGGCAGCUGCUAUACAGCAACCUACAGCAUCUUAAGUGGAACGGCCAAUGCAGCAGUGACCUUUUCCAGUCUGCACACAAUGUCAUUGUCAAGACUGAACAAACUGAUCCUUCCAUCAUGAACACAUGGAAAGAAGAAAACUAUCUCUACGAUCCCAGCUAUGGUAGCACAGUAGAUCUGUUGGACAGUAAAACCUUCUGCCGGGCUCAGAUCUCCAUGACAACCUCCAGUCACCUUCCAGUUGAGUCACCUGAUAUGAAAAAGGAACAAGACCACCCUGUAAAGUCCCACACCAAAAAGCACAAUCCAAGAGGCACUCACUUAUGGGAGUUCAUCCGAGACAUUCUCCUGAGCCCAGACAAGAACCCAGGGCUGAUCAAAUGGGAAGACCGUUCAGAAGGCAUCUUCAGGUUCCUGAAGUCAGAAGCUGUGGCUCAGCUGUGGGGGAAAAAGAAGAAUAAUAGUAGUAUGACGUAUGAGAAGCUCAGCCGGGCCAUGAGAUAUUACUACAAACGAGAAAUCCUAGAACGUGUGGACGGACGACGGCUGGUCUAUAAGUUUGGGAAGAACGCUCGUGGAUGGAGAGAAAAUGAGAACUGAUGCUGCCAACCCUUGGGAUACAAACCAAAACACAGCAAAAUGGAUUAUGAUCAAUGAAGAACUGGACGUAAAUAUUUCAAAGACUACUUUUCUGUGAUAUUUAUGUACCAUGAAGGGACAAAGAAAAUAUACUUCUGACGGGAAGAAGGAACACUACAGUUGAUAAAAAAAAUAUUUUGUUACUUUGAAGUAUGUCCUAUGUGGGGAAGAAAUGUACACAGUUUUCUGUGAACUAUGACACUGUAUGUGGUUGUGAUUUGCUGUUGCCUCUUUGUGAUGUUCUUUUCUACCCUGAGAACAACAGGGCCUAUAGCCUUGUGCUUCUUGCUAAGAGGAAGGGACAGGAAAUGAAGGCAUUAAAUGUUUUGAAAUGUAAAAUGAUUUAGGGGGAAAAAAGGCAAUGUGUUCUCUGCACAUAAGCCUCCAUGUGACCUCCUCAAGAGAAAUGAGAUUGGAUAGGUAGGACGAAGUCCAGGGUCUCAGAGGGAUGGGAACAACCUAAGAGAUGCUGGACAGUUUAACUUGAAUUAGGAGAUAGUGAGGAGAGAGUGGGAACUUUGACAAUCCAGAGUGGCCGAUAAUCAUGGCAUGAUCCCAGGACUGGGAAUGUUUAAAUAACUGAGAAUGUCGGUGGGAGGAGAGUUUACCCUCAUUCAUGGACAAUGUUCAUGUAACCUCUUGACCCUUGAGUGGUUGGUUAAAAAAAUCAGUUCACCACCUGUGGUCACUUCUAGCUAUUUAGAGUUCAGCCCAAAUAUUGAAAAAUAAGUGAGACAGGAAGAUGGUGGCCUGGAAAUGACCGAUGAACAUGCUCUUAUAGCUCUGUAGUUCAAGGUUUCUCCAUGGGUACAGUUGACAUUUGGGGCUGGGUCAUUCUUUGUGCUGAGGGUUGUAGGGGGGCAUUGUAAAAUGUGUAGUGAUAUCCAUGACCUCCAUUAGCAUUUUGUAACUAUGACAGUCCAAAGUAUUUCCAGAUACUGUCAAAUGUCUCUAGAAGGACAAAAGUACCCUUGAGCAAGAACCACGAAUUGAACCAGUUGAUAUAAAGGUAUUCAGUCUCAGAACAGAGAGACCUGCAGCAGCUUCUAAUCCCUAGAAUAAAACAAAAGCAAGACCUUGAAGUCAAUAUAUUGUUAUUUUUUAAAAUAGUAGGGACAGUAGGAUGAGAUAGACUGGGGAGAUUCUUUUUAGAGCUCCAUGUGAGAGCCAAAGUCAGAUAAAUGCAGUGAUAUAUGUGAAGUGCAAGACAAGAUGUUUACACCGAGAAUGCAGUUAUUACAUAAGGAAAUGCCAAGAGACGAAUCUAUGGAUGUCUCUCUAUGAUGUGCCUCUGUGUGUGUGUGUGUGUGUGUGUGUGUGUGUGUGUGUGUGUGUGUGUGUGUGAAGUUACUAGAGGUCUCUGUCAGUUUUCUCUCUGCUUUUCUUUCCCUGGCUUUGGUCUAGGAUGGCCAGAUCUUUUUCUGAGUUCAGUUUCUCUUAUUCCUGUAACUGGAUUUAACUCUACUUCAUCAUGGAGAUAUUCUUGUCAGAGAGUGGGUAAAUCUGGAGAGGACCGGUGGGAACAGUUCUACAGAUAAAUAGAUUAUGCUGUUUGCUGAGAGUGGCAGUUUCUUGGCACCCAGUUCCCAUGUAAAUAGGCUGGAGUAUUAAGUUCUCUGCAUAUCUAUUGUCUUGGCUUGAAUUUGCUGUGUUCUCUGUGUGCUAUCCAUGACUUUGAGAACUCCAGAUAAUCCAGCUAUGCCAAUUUGGGGUGUAGCAGUGUGCUUCCCACCACAGUUUGAAAGAAACAUGAAAGUCCUACAGAGAAGCCCCUCUUUCUUUAGGGGGAUGGUUACCUAAUUAAUAAGUUCAUCUGUGACUAAUCGGCCACAAGAUCACUAAAAACAAUCUCCUUGAAUUUUCCUAAGUGUUGUAUUAGUGGUUUCCAUGGGAACUGAAGUCAAGUAAUGGACCAUUAAUAUUUCACAAGACUCAGAUUGUCUGAGGCUCCUAUACGACUUGAUGAAAUUAAACAAGGCCCUGGAUCUCAGGAAUAGAUCCACAGUUUCUUCAGUAUGCUAAGCAGGGCAGACCCUGCCCAUGAGUUUCAUCUACUGAGCCUUCCUUCAAGUUCCCAGCUGAUUAGACUGUAAGCUCUCCAAGGGCAGGGACCAUGGCUGGUCACCUUUGUUAUCCUCAUACCUGGGAUGCAUCAGGAUAACUAUUCAUUGAAUAGGUGAUGACUGUCUUCUGGGAGACUCCUCUGACUGGGAAGCCAUCAGUCAUAUUCGUAACUGGGAUGUGAAUCACGUCUCCAGAACAGAGCAUAAUAACCAAACCUCCCAGGACAUAUCCUCUCAGGCGAACAUUUUACUGUGACACUCCUUUUCCUCCUACCUGUGCAGAAAAGAAAUUCAAACAGCCUGCUUGUUCCACACGUCGGUGUCUUGCUGGAUAAGAAUUCUGUUGCUUUCUAGAACUGUGAGACUUAAACUGGUUACAAGAUGCCAGUAGUGAACCCUUGACCUAUUUAAUCAAUGCAGAUUAUAAAUGUGUUUAUAUGAUGUCAAUUGCUAUUUAAGCAGGAACCCAUUUUCAGUUUUAGUAUUUAGGGGGGUGGUUUUUAUUUUUUUGUUAUCUUUUUUUCCUUUUUGAAAAAUGCUGGGGGCUAUUUUGAUAAGGUUAGUCAUGCAUGUUAGAGUUUCAUUUUGCAAGUAUGUCUUGUCUUUUUUAAUGUGUAAAAAUAUAAGAAAAGGGAAAACAGUAAGAAGGGGAAGCAAUUACAUUAUUUUUCGGUAGUUUAUUAAGGCACCUAAUGGGUGCCUUAUGCAUAGUGGAACACCAUUUGUGUGAGAAGUAUAUGUGAGAAUAUAGACUGUAAAAGUCACAUGAUCUAGACCUGCAGAGGAACACUGACUAAGAGAAGGAGACACCAGCAUGGCAAACUUUGUGUCACAGGUGAGUUAUUUUCAGUUGGGGGCUCAGAUUCAGUUUCUGGAAUAAGGGAGACCAUUAAGAAAACCAAACUUCUGGAACUGUAUCUCACAAAGUUUUGAGACAUGUAGAUUUCAGAGUUUAGCCGAAUUGGAACUAAUCAUUCUGUAGCUAUCUAUAUAAACCUCAUUCUUCUUGCCAUCUGGCUUAUGGGUUGAUAAUUGGUGGGCAACAACCCUACUGCUACUGUUUAAAAAAAAUCGUAACCCUUUCCCCUUAAGGUGUUAAAUUCAAACGAUUUUUGUUUAAUGAAAGAAUUCUAUUUUGUUCGUUUGAUGGUCCCAGAAAACACUAAUAAAGACCACAGAGGCCA